UCCUGUUUAUGCAGAUCUGCUAAACACUGGGUACCGUUAGUCGCUACUGAUGUUGGAAACGUCUAGACGACUUCUCUGACGACACGUCCCGAAUCUGAGUGGCUAAACUCUCUGAGGAAUUCCUGUCUCAGAAGGAGGACCUAUUAGCUGCUGAUAAAGUAGCCGAUCUUUAUAAAAUCUGUUCAUCAACACCCAAGUUGAAUAUAGAUAGGCCUACAACAGGAGGCCUCGCUCAGGUAUCAUAACCACAGAUAAAAAUCAGUACAGUUAGACAAGUAAGAUACUGACUCCAAAACCAUGCCAGCAGAAGUGUCAAAGAAAACAGUAUUGGUAACAGGGUUUGGACCAUUUGGUGCCCACGCUGUCAACGCGAGCUGGAUGGCAGUACAGGAGCUGGAUAAACACUGGAACGUAAAGGGGAUAGACCUGUUAAUAGAGGAAAUCCCUGUGGAGUAUGACACUGUGUUUGAAAUUGUCCCAGCACUCUGGGAGCAGGUUAAGCCAUGUCUUGUGAUACAUGUGGGUGUGUCUGGGAUUGCGUCCAAGUUGACGCUGGAACAACAGGCCCACAAUGAUGGAUACGACAAGAAGGAUGUGAAAGGCACAUGUCCAGAGAAGAACUGUUGUGUUAAUGGGGCAAACAGCUGUAUUGUGUCGGGUAUAGACAUGCAAAAGGUCUGUGAUGAAAUCAACGACUCGGGGAUUGAUGUCAAAUCUACAGUGUCUGAGGACCCUGGCAGGUACUUGUGUGACUUUUCUUACUUCCUGUCCCUGAACAUCGACAGAUCAUGUUCAGCUUUCAUCCACGUUCCACCCCUUGAUCAGCCAUACUCCGCCAAACAACUGGCCGAGGGUCUGCAGGCGGCCAUCACAGCUAUGCUGAAGCAGGUGUCAUGAUGUUAUGUCUGCUAAGGUCAAGGUCAUACGUUAAUGACCUAAUUAUGUUGGUGUUGUCCUGUCCGACUGCCAUGUAAGACAUACAUGAAACUGGGAACAAUUAUCAGGCUGUGUUUGGUAUCUGACACAAGGGUGAAGUUGUUUUAGUGUCUUUAUUUCCAAUUUUUUACCCAGAUUAAGUUAUAAAAAGUGAAUCAGAUAUACAUUGCAUAACCAGUUUUUCUUUAUUACUUAAUUAUUAAGCUCACUAUUUAUUCCUGAGAAAACACUUUAUUCUUUUCAACAUAUGCAAGAACUCUGUUUCUAACUGCCUAGAUAUGUGGGCCUAAUUUACUAUCACUACAGUUGCAUAUUUUGAUAUUUUUUAUUUAAGUUAUUUUCAAAAUGCUUCAUUUGUGUAAAUUGUGAAAUUCACUAUCACAAAGAAAAUCACCACAAAAAUCCUGUCUAGACAUAAACUGUGAAGAGAAAAUAUCAACACAACGUCUUAGUAUACAAAAUACAGUCAACACAAAAUACUGACAACCAAAAUACAGUUCACACAAAAUACAGUUAACACAAAAAACAGUCAACACAAAAUACUGACAUCCAAAAUACAGUUAACACAAAAUACAACCAACACAAAAUACUGACAUCCAAAAUACAGCCAACACAAAAUACAGUUAACACAAAAAACAGUCAACACAAAAUACUGACAUCCAAAAUACAGUUCACACAAAAUACAGUUAACACAAAAUACAGUCAACACAAAAUACUGACAACACAAAAUACUGACAUCCAAAAUACAGUUAACACAAAAUACAGUCAACACAAAAUACUGACAUCCAAAAUACAGUUCACACAAAAUACAGCCAACACAAAAUACUGACAUCCAAAAAACAGCCAACACAAAAUACAGUUAACACAAAAAACAGUCAACACAAAAUACUGACAUCCAAAAUACAGUUCACACAAAAUACAGUUAACACAAAAUACUGACAACACAAAAUACAGUUAACACAAAAUACAACCAACACAAAAUACAGUUAACACAAAAUACAGUCAACACAAAUUUCUCUCAACACAAGAUAUUGUAAAUUACAUCCAGCACAGAAUACCAUUAACAUAAGAAGCAUGUCAACAAAAGGCGGUCAACAACAAAUCUUGUCAUAACAAAAUGCUGUCGAAACAAAACCAUGUCAACACAAAGUACUAUCAAUGAAAAAUCCUGUCAACACAAAACUAUAUCAACUGUCCAGACAACAACUGUGUCUAUAAAAAUCCUAACAACAACAAAAGUCCUGUUAACAUAAAAAGCGAGUCAACAAAAAACACUUUCAAAGCAAUCCCCUGUCAACAUAUUUUUUCUUUUGUUUAAACCACAUACUGGUACUCUUGGAAAGGAUACUUGAAAAUAUGAUGCGAUAGCAAUACUUAUAUCAAAGUUGUUGUAUUUUAUAGCAGCGUAAUUAUGGGAUUUGUGAUAGUGUGAAUGUCUCAACUAGAGAUCAGUGUCUGGAGCCAGUUACACCAAACCAUUUUUAACUGAUGAGGGAGAGCAACUUAUAAAACCUGAUUUAUUGAAUGUGUCGUUUUACUAAUCCCGUUGUUACUUACAUCAUGUUUUACAUAUGUUCGCUUGGUAGAUAAAAUAUUUAUUUAAAUUAUGAAAUAAGAUGUCAUUCAGGUUAUUAAAGUGAACUUGACUCCGUUGUGACUGUUUAUAAAACCAGUAGGAGCUGACUUGGUCUUUUCUAGUCUCACUGCUUGAUUCCCUAACCUUCAGUUAGACUAUGAUAAAGGGUCAUAUAUUGAUGUCUAAAUAAAGAGAUAGUUUCAUAUUUUUGAAAAUUAUUUCAACACCAUGUAGAAAAUUCUGAAAAUUUCUGUUAAAUUAUAAUUCAAUUUCCUUUAACAUACAAGUGCCCAUUAGAUAAGAGAUAUCUUUAAUUUGGUGAUCUUCUUGUGCAUUCUUAUUGUAUCGAAGUUCCCAAACUCUUGUUAAAUGUACAUGUAUAUGGUAAAUUGUUGAAUUGUAUGAAAACAUAAUUUCCAGUAGGACAUGUACUGACCUACACUUGUUGUCCAAGUAUACAUGUUCAGGGACACAUAAGUGUACAUAUUAAAGGAGGGCCCUGAAAUGUUCUGGUGUACAUAAGGAGGGCUGUAUCUGUGGACACUAAAAUGUUGUGGUGUACAUAAGGAGGGCCGUCUCUGUGGACACUAAAAUGUUGUGGUGUACAUAAGGAGGGCUGUCUCUGUGGACACUGAAAUGUUGUGGUGUACAUAAAAAGGGCUGUCUAUGGAAUAUUGCGUAUGGUAGUCAUAUCAAUCUUUGCUGAACGUAGGAUAUUCUGUAGAUAUCUACUGUAGAAUUUCUGGCACUUUCCAGUUUAACACCUUGGGUAUGAAUUUGCAAUGUGGAUGAUGUUUUGCUUGACCUCACUCUCAGGACAAAUUGGCAUGAUAUUCAAAAAACUUUCAUGAAAGCUGAAAUGUCAAAUUCUUAAUUUCUGCUUUGCUUUUUUGUAUGUAUCAGGUAUGUCUUACUUUGCAGUACACUGUGCCCGAAUCUUGUUUCAUUUUAAUGAGGUACAAAAUGUACUUUGAUUCUGGGAUUCUGGGAAUUGAAAAGCUUUAAGUACCAAGGUUUUAGAAUUAUUUACAGCUUACAAACCGUGCAUGAACUUGAUGAAAUAUAUCUGUUUUAUUUAAUUUUUCUACAACUUCCAUAAAUAUAUUAAUUUUUUUAAAUUAUUUUGACAAUGAAUUUACAAUGCAUUAGGCAGAUUUUCUUAUCGAAAGACAAUGAAAAAAAUGCAUGCAGGGACAUUGAAAAAACCCCUAAGUAGAAGUCAUCUUUCCCCACCUGAGACUUUCCCUGGUGGAAAAAGAAGGUAGUCCUUUCUUUCCAAGUGGGAAGAUAAAUUAGCUCAUUGACAUUCUCUCCAGGCUAACUUUUAGCACAUGGGAAAGACAUAUAUUUUUUAAUCAGAGUUGUCUCCCUUCCAUCAUUCAUAGGCUGCACUACACUCUGGGAAAACAGACAAUCAUGAGUCCCCCACCAAUACUACCAGUGGGGACUAUAAUUUUUCACUCGGUCCAUCCGUCAGUUAGAUGUCACUGUCUCAUAUAUUCUUCCUAUCUCAUACAAUUGCAAUUUUUGUAUAUGCAAGUUCAAAAUACCCUGAGCUCUAGUAUAGCAUUUCCUCUGGUAAGGUGACCUAUGAAUUCUGUGGCUACUAAUAUUUUAGCAAGUAUUACCUGGUGCGGAAAAAGUGUUUGAUUUUAAGACAAAGGGUUAUUACAACAAUUUGUGAAGUUGAACAUGUGCACUGUUGUUGAUGAUGCAUUUAGGUAGGUUUUCCUGCUACUGACAAUGUGUACAAACUUCCUCACCAUAAAUCCUCCACUUUGUGUGUUGAGAUCUUCAUACGAUGAUUACAUACAGUUGUGAUAUGUAUACAGUAUAUGGUAUGGGAACAUAAUUAGGUAAAUCAUCCAUUUUAUCAUUAUAAGCUAGUUCAUAUGAUUUUCCAGAGGAAAGCAUAUUGUUGAAAUAAUGAAAAUAUUCUGUCAAAUAAGGUUUUUCUUAAAAGUUUCCUGUGGAAAUUGUAAGUUUAUUAUUUUCAUAUGGAUUAUUUGUGAAACUGGAGCUAGGCAGGUAUUUGGAGUUUGCUUAAUUUUUCACAUUUAUCAAGUUUUUCAUUACAUACAAUGUAUCUGGUACUGGCAUCAGAGAAGAAAUGUUACUUUAACACUAGAAUACAGAUGUAUCACAUUUCACGUAUUUUGUGAUUUUGUUAAUUGUAUGACAGAAUGUUUACCUGUAUGUGUCUGUUGCAUAUUUUAAAUGGUUGUGGGUCUCCUCACAGAUUAUUUACAAGUGUGUUAGCCCUAGUCUUUUAAUAGAAUGAGUCCCACACAAGCAGCAAUAUUCAUCUAGUCUAUAUUUAUACAUAUAGAAAUGUACAAUAUAUCAAAUUUGAUGACCCAAUGCAAAUAAUUUGUACCAAUUCAGUAUUUGGAUGGCAUCAAACAAACACCAUUAAACAAUAAUAAAAGGUGUAUAAUCUUUUAAAUCUUCAUUAAUUUUAAACUAAGCUUUUGAACUUAUAAACUUUAGAAUUUUUCAGGGUUCUAACAGGGAUAGUGAUGAAACAGUAGUUAAGUUUAAGUAUUUACUUAGUCUUAUUAAUGCCUGUGAUACUCGGUUUGUUUUUUAUGUGAAGACAAUAAUAAAAUCUUUGAACAAGA